AUGUUCAAGACCAGCUACACGCGCGAGGUGCGCAAGGAGAAGUUCGAGCGCUCGGAUGUGUUCGAGGAGCCCGAGGGCGAGGCGGGUCCGCGCGCGCACCCCGCGCUGCCCGCCUGGGAGAGCCUGCAAGAGCUCAACAGCCGCUUCGCGCGCUACAUCAACCGCGCGCGCGUGCUCGAGCAGCGCAACGCCGUCUUCCGCAAGCAGCUGGAGACGCUGCAGCGCAUGGAGGAGGCCGCGGGGCUCGAGGAGGAAUUCCACGAGCAGAUCGGCGUCAACAGACAGCGCAUCCGCGAGCUGCUGGCCGAGCGCGCCAAGCUGGAGCGCGAGCUGAAGGACGCCGAGCGCAUGCUGGACGAGUUCAGCAGCAGAUAUAGAAACGAGUGUGAAUAUCAACAACAGCUGCGGGGGACCCUGGAGCAGCUCAAUAAGGAGGCGGACGCGGCGCUUCUGAGGAACCUGGAGUAUCAGAUCGAGUCUCAGUUCCUGCAGGACGACAUCAACUCCACAAGAGACAGACAUAAAAAGAACCUUGCCGAGAUCCAGACCUACGUAAACAUCCUGCAUCAGAUCAACCAGACGGCCAUUCUAAUGCCCAACAUGUCAGUGGGCAUCUCAGAGGAGCAGGAGAGGCUGAUAGCUCAGAGGCGAGUUCCUGCCCUGCAGAUCCAGCUAGAGGAGUACAAGAGCGCCCUCUGCCAGCUGCAGGCGCAAAAACAGAGGCUGCAGACAGAGACCUCAGUGUUGGAGCAAACCAUCAAGAGCACGCAGGAGAGCUAUGACGAUGAGAUCCAGCUUUACAACGAGCAGAUCGAGUCGCUCAGGAAGGAGAUCGAGGAGGCCGAGCGCUCGCUGGAGAAAUACACCAACGAGUGCCGACAGCUGGCCAUAUACCAGACCUCCCUGGAGAACGAGCUGGAGAGGUAUAAGAGGAUCAUUGAGAACGAAGACAACAGAUUGAAUUCGGCUAUAAUUGGAACGCCCAUUAGCCUGUUCACCACCAAUUACAGAUACACUCCCAGUUCCACCUCGAGCAGUCGAGGGAAAGAUAUCACCCAAGCCAUCCAGGACAUCACCAGCGUCAAGCCUCGUCAGAAGUAUCUUGCUAAGAAAGUGACCAAAAAGAAGGAUCUCACUUCGAAAGACAUGAUGGACAGUGCCCAGGAGGAAAGAGGAACUGGUGAAUGUGCAGAAGAGGAGAGAAGAGGAGCUGAGGAGGUGGAAGGGGAGGUGAAACAGGAGGAGCACGCUCCUCUGUUCAAGGGGGUUGCUCGCGAAGACGUGCCUGAUGGUGCCCAGAUCAGCAAGGCCUUCGACACGCUCUGCAACAUCGUCCGGGACAGGAUGCGCAAGUACAAGAAACCCGAGCCCAUCGCCGACUUCUUCACCAAGGGCCGCUACGUCCUGGUAACGGGUGAGUCCAGCUACCUAGACCCCUGCUUCUAUUCGUCCACGCCUUCCGCAGGCCACGUCUUCGUCACCAUCUGUGAUGACACGGUCCCCCCAUACGAGCCCUACGAGCGCAAAACUCCCUCUCCCACUCCUUCUCCUGUCCCUCCCCCCAUCCCUCUAACCCCACUGCCUCCCUCAGACGACGGCAAGGCUGAUGAGGAAAGAGGGAAGGAAGGCGGCGAAGAGAGGAAAGGAGAUAACCAUUUGAAAAAUGGAGAUUCUGAUAAAGCCAGACAACCAAAAAGCCCAACUCCACCGCCCGGUCCCGUCCCAUGCCCUAACCACAUGCCUCGAGGCCCCGGUCCCGCCCCAGAACCUGGUCAGCCCUCAUCCCAGCGGAGCGACAAGGACAAGGGAGCAGAAGACAGCGGCAGGCGAAGGGGACCCUCACCUCGUUCCAGCGGCCACCCCCCAGACUCCAUGAGCUACGAGAAGGUGGAGGUGGUGGAGUCGGUGGAGAGGCUCUCGCCUGACCACAAAGUCAAGGGUUAUGAGGAGACUGCAGUGGUGGUGGAGACCAUGAUUGAAAAGACCAGCAAAAAGAAACACGGAAACCGCUCCACGUAAGAAGCUUCUGGCCAACGACCAAAGAAAAACACAAAAAACAAC